AUGGAAGUAGACGAUAAAUUUGUCAGGGACAUUUUCCUAGAACGUCUGCCCACAGAUGUUCAAACGAUCCUGGCUUCCGCCUCUGAAGACCUUACGGUCUCACAGCUGGCUGAGAUGGCGCAUCGAAUAAUAGAGGUGCAGCGAUUCCAGCCACCUUCCGUUGCUAAGAUCUCCUCAUCUUCAUCGUCAGUGAAUGAAAAUUUAUUGAAACAGGUUUCGGCCAUGGCAGAUGACAUGGCCUCCCUUAAAAUACAGCUCGACCGCAUAGCUUCCAGUCGCUCGCACAGCCGUCGUCGUUCUCGUUCGCGACCUCGGACUGCUGAUACUUGAUGGUAUCACACUAAUUUCGGCGUAAAGGCCGUCAUUGUUCCUCACCCUGCUCUUUUAAACCGAAACAGGGAAACCAGUCAGCCAGAGAAUAGAUGCGACCGUUUUUUCUGGCUGUUCCGGCUCUGGUCGCACCUUCUAUGUUUCCGACACUGCGACUCGCAGACGUUUUCUUGUGGACACUGGAGCCCAAAUCAGUGUUGCUUCCCCAACUGCAGCUGAUCGUCGUUUCCCUAGCCCUGGUCUUCAUCUUCAAGCUGUUAACUGUUCCCCCGUUCCCACUUUUGACAGUCGUUCCUCACCCUGAACAUUUUCCUUCGUCGGUUAUUUGCCUGGAUAUUUUUGAUUGUUGAUGUCCCUCAUGCAAUCCUCGGCUCGGACUUUCUUGCCGAGUUCGAACUCCUUGUUGACUGCCGACGUGCCCGUCUCCUCGACCGCACUACCGGUUUGUUGUUUCGUGGACUAACUCUCUUUACUGCCCACACCAACUUAUCUGUCUUGAAUACGGAUAUUGCUAGUCCUUUUCGGCAACUGCUGCUUAGUCAUCCCAACAUAAUUAACCCACAGAUUCGCAGUGGUGAAGUUCAAAGUGAUGUUGUGCACCACAUCCGCACCUCAUGUCCUCCUGUGUAGCUCGACCGAGACGACUAUCACCGGAGCGUUUUCAGGACGCAAAGGCGGAGUUUGAACACAUGCUGUAAUUGUGAAUAAUUCGACCUUCCAAAGCCCUUGGGCGUCUCCACUGCACGUGGUGCCCAAGGCAACAUCGGGCGACUGGCGAUCCAGUUGCGACUAUCGUGCCCUCAACAGCGCUACCAUUCCUGAUCGGUACCCCGUGCAUCAUCUUCAGAACUUCGAUGGAGCCCUUUUCGGCAAAGCAGUUUUCUCGAAGAUUGAUCUGGUGCGUGCUUUUCAUCAGAGUCCAGUCGCCCCUGCGGACAUCUCUGAAACCGCCGUCACCACACCCUUCGGUCUCUUUGAGUUCAUCCGCAUGCCGUUUGGUCUUGGUAAUGCCGCUCUAACGUUCCAAAGGUUCAUUGGCCAUGUCUUGCGUGGCCUACCCUUUGUGUACGCCUACAUUGAUGACCUCUUGAUGGCCAGCCGGAAUGAAGAAGAACACAAAGAACACCUUUCCUUGGUGUUUGACCACCUUGACAAGUUUGGCGUUGUCAUCAACCCCUACAUGUGCGUGUUGGGUGUGCCUUCGCUGGAGUUCCUUGGUGACAAGGUCGAGUCUAAAGGUUUGCGUUCCCUCCCAUCCUAGGUUGAAGCAGUUCAUAAUUUUCCCCCUCCAACUUCCAAGCGUCAGUUACAGCAAUUCCUCGGCAUGGUCAAUUUUUACUGUCGGUUCCUACCUAACUGUGCUGACCUCAUGCCGCCGCUCACCAACAUGCUUUCUUGUACCAAAGGUCCCCUCGAGCUAACUGGUGAAGCUCUGACUGCUUUUGAGAGAAUCAAGAAUUCCCUUGCUGAUGCUACCUUACUCACACAUCCCGCUCCCGAAGCUCAGCUGUCUCUGAUGGUAGAUGCUUCGACCGUAGCCGUAGGUGCAGUCCUUCAACAACGCAUUGCUGGUUCGACUCAACCACUUGCCUUUUUCUCCAAAAAGCUCUUACCAGCUGAGACACGCUACAGUACCUUUGGCAGUGAAGUACGUGCCACUUACCUGGCUGUGAAGCAUUUCCGGCAUUUCCUUAAUACUCAGUCGUACAACCCAACAUUAUGACUAUUGUGGAAAGAGCAACACAUGUGGGAAAUUCGAUUUACAUUUUACGAGGCAACCUACCAACUGCAAAUCAUCACAACUUAUGUUUGACGAAAAACACUACUGCUUGUCCCUUAAGGCUUUAAAAUGUAGGCGUGGCUAAUGUAUGUGUACGAGGUGGGGCAAACAACCCACAUUACUUAUAAAGGUAAGCUUUCGAAUAAUUCCGAAAUAUGCAAAGUAUUUCCAUAGAGUGAUUCACCGACUUGAUAAAAUUUUGGCCGAAAAUCUAAAAGGUGUCUCCAAUUAUGAAGGAUUAUUGAGGUGGUGUUGAUAUAGUAAUUGGCGCUGACCGAUAGUUCAUAAGGAACUUAUUCGUUCCGUUGUGCCUUAUGGGCUCUCUUCCGAGUCCAACCAGCAGCCGCACAGCGGCGCAUGAUAUAGACAGAAUGACAUUAAGACGAAGACAAGAAAGACUAGAAUGGCCAUUUUUGGCUUAUUAGCCGUCGUCAACCAGUCAUACCUAACCCCGAAUUGUGAAAGUCUUGAUACUCGAACUCACGAGCUGUUUAUUUGAAGUCCACGCCUGUAACCACUGAGACACCAGCCCGUGACCGUGUCGGUUUAGAUCCGGAAUAUACAAUGGUAGGGGGCGGUCACCGAUCGCACGGCACCACUUUAUAUUCCCGAUCGAAACCGACAAGGCAACGUAGCCCUGUGGUUGGAGGCGUCGAAUUCUAACGAACGGGUCGCGAGUUGGAGCCCCGGAUGUUCCAUACUUCGUGGUUAGUUAUGACUGGCUGACGACGACUACUAAGCCGGAAAUAAACAUUUCAGUCUUCUUUGCCUUUAUCGAUGAGUUAAUGUUGUUUAACUUGCCGUAUAAUUCUGUAGUCUUUCAGUCUGUUUGGCGUUUGAAUUUACGUCUUUUCGGCCUCUCGCAGAAUUCAAACUCCGCAACAAUCACCACGUAGUGUGCACGCGUUUUUACAUUCAUUUUUAACAGUCAUAUUCAGUCAAAUAUACAUUGCAGAAAACUGGCACAAUUCAAACUGUUAGUAACUUGUUCCCUAGGAAAUGAAAUUGUUAACGAAUUAUGUACCCUGCAAAAUGGGACAUUUUGGUUUAAAUAAACGUUUUGAUAUCAGCUUUUUAAUCCCCUGCGACGGGUAUGCGUAAAGAGCCGUACAUGUGCGUUAACAGAUGCUCCUUAAAAAAUGGGCAACAUAGUCUGCAUUCACUGCGAAAUUUAAUAAACUCUAUAUAGUAUCUCCUUAAAGGCAAAGAUGAAUAUUUCAAUUUAUUUACGAGGGAGGAAUGCGCUUUUCACAUUAAAAACCGGAAAACGCUAAUGCAAUAUCUAAACAGGUUCGAAAAUUAAUGGUUUGUGGAAAGAUUGUUCAAAACAUUAAUAUACACAUUCGUCGGGUAAAAUAUGUGAACAUAUCCUGGAUUUCUACGUCUCGAGUAAAAAGCACAUACUUGUGUAUGACAUCUAUAAAAUAUAUUUGAAUGUAUAGGACCGUUGAAAAUCAAUGUGAAAAGGCACGCUAUUAAGCGGCCAUUAUUUAAUGACUACGGUUUCAACAGAAAGAUGAAAAGAAAGUAAAUUCUAAAGCCGCUUUCCAUCUGUGUCCCUCAUACAAGUGUAUUGUGCUGGAUGAUAAGCAGUUUUACAGCAACGCCAAAAACACCUUUCUAAUCUUACUUUCAGAAAUUCAGAAUACCAGAACUUCGGCCAACAUUUCAUGAAAUCAGUCACUCACUGAAAGCCAAUCUCAUCAAAAUUAACUGUAAAUGAAUGAUCUACUGGUUCUUUUUCCAACCAAAUACUGGCUAUCCGGCACUACACUGUCAGUGCACUCUUAUUGCACGAAAGUUCAUUCAACGGCAAAAAAAUUCGUUACUUUUGACACUGCUGCCGUGCAUAGUCCAGCAUGCAUAUAAAUCUUGAUUGCGAUAUAAAAUACGCUCACAGGUGAACCAGAGACUAAAAUAAAUAAUAUGGUACAAUAGUAGAUAGAGUUUAGGAAAGAGUCGCAGUAAUAUAACCUACACGUCUCCAUGACCUUCCGACAGGUCAACGUUAGCCGCAUUUGCUGAAUCAACGUAAGCAGUACAAUAAACCAACUGCAGGGCAUGCUUCUCAAAGGCGGAUAAACUGUCUUUCUGUACGUCUGUCUUCAUUUAUGUAAAAAUAUCACAUAAGCAAAAAGUAUGCGCAUAGAAGCAAAUAAUGGCUAUGCGAUUUGCUCAGAGACUUUGGGCACGUGUGUGUGUGAGUGUGUGUGUGUAUCUUUCAUGCCAUGAUUCAAAAAGCCCUUAAUUUUGCAGCGUAGUGUAGGCUGACAGGUCUCUGCCGCCUGGCUCCCUGACGGUAGGUGCGCUUGCGUUCCCGCCGGGAAACAGGUCAUGUGCAUGGCUGCCCUGGAUUCGAUUUUCUUUCAAUUGUUGUGCUUGCUAUUCGAUAGUUUCGUUAACCUGUUUGUUGUCAAUCACCGGACGUUGUGAUGCGUUCAUAUGCGGGUUCGGUUGUGCCCACCAUCCCACCACCCCCCCGCCUUCGGUAAGCUGACUAAGUUCUGACCACCGCUCGGCGAUUGGACUCUGGAAAAGGUAAUCUGACGCCAAAUUAAGCACCUCGGUAAUGCAUAAUUUGUCGCCAUUUCUGUUUACCUGUCUGCACGUGUACAAUCUUCAUGUUUGAUACCUUUUCACGAUCUGGAAAAAUUAAAACAAAAUCACAAACUUCGUAAAUGCAGAGAAUUCUGUGUUGGGUAGAACAAUAAAGAAUACUGAUAGAAUAAAUUUUGUUUCAUGUAGAGCAAUAUAACGAGCUUCUUUAGAUAUUCUGCUAGUUAAAAAAAAAUUCCUGACAAGACACAUGAGCCUUUGGGUGGUGAACUGUAUUUAAAAAGCACGCAUUUGCCUGCAAACCAUACGAAUGUAUGCAAUCAUGCAACAAUGCAGUACAGUGAGCCACCAUCCUCAUAAAAUGCUGGUCUAAAUUGAAAUGCAGUUUGUAUUAGAAAAAUUUACCUAGGUGAAUUUGCAAUGCUGAAUAUCUUGCAGUAUUAUCCUAUAACAUAUUAGACUCGAAUUUUUUUCAAUUCGAUUUUUCAUUUACGUCUUCUCAAUCUCCUGCAGAAAUCAUACUCAGCAAAAAUGACUGCUUAAGCGGCAUGCAUUAUUUUCAUUGAUAUUUGAUGGUCUUAUACGUAUGUGUUUGCUGUAUUUGGAUAUAAGUUUGACAACAUGGCGCAGAUUGACUGAUACAUUUUUCAAACUCUUAUGUGGCCAAAUUUUAUUUACGUACAGCGAUAGAAUAGGUGUGCAAUUUCAUGAAAUGUUAACCGAAAAUCCUACGUACGCUUCUCCUUCAAAAAUCAUAAUUAAACAAGUUUAAAAUGCUAAUCUUUUAACAGCAGAUUUCUAAGAUAAUUCAAUUAUCCUAGAAUGCCAGCGUUUGAAUGCACUUAUUUUCGGCUGCAUGCGAAAUAUAAUAUCUGCAAAAAUGGAAACUUAAAUAGCAUGCAUUUUACUCGUUGUUUGUUUACGCCCUUAAAUAAUCCGUUAAACUGCAUAAAACACAUACAUGACAUAUUCAUGUUUAUGUUCAUUUGGAAUCAUAACGUUGUCUUAAAAUAUUGUACUCAAAUACAGGGCGUAAAUUGCUUUUUAAAUUUUUGUUCUGCUGCCUAAUAAUUUCGAACCUGAUUGUCUUCAUAAUUGCAAUCUGGGUUUUUGACUUGCAAACCAUAUUUUUCUGCACAUGGAAAACCAUAUAUUAUUCUACGGUUUUGAGUGCAAAAUGUAAGGAAUCCAUGAAUUUUAAUAGUGGAUUUAAGUCAUAUUGUUAACUUUACAGGCCACAUUGUUAACUGCAGAGACAUGACGUUUUAUGAACGGCCAUUUCUGUUUAUUAAAAACUCUCACAAUAUGAUACUUCUUGAAAAUAAAUUAUACUAACCAUUUCAGCAUACAUGUGGAAGGGAACGUAGGAUUACACCAUAUUAGUAAAAUAAUAAAUAUGUCUUAUGCAUUUUUAAUGCUAUGUAAAUUUAUUUUAAGGACAUCGACAAUAAGUGAAAGAGACGUAUUCUAAUUUUUACGAAGCUUGAUUUGCCCAUGCAGCCGGUAAUCUAAGGUAACCACGUUAUGAUAGAAUAAUGCUGCAUUAUGAUUAGUUUUGCGACCACACCUAAUUAAUCGUAUGGAAACGGAAUUGCAUUUCCGAACUUUCGUGGACGUUAUGAGUUAGCACAUCUACGGUAUAUUGGUAAUUGUGUACAUAUUAAUAAUCAAGUCCCAAAUGACCUGAACUUCUAUAACACCCGCUCUAUGACGAAAGUACAAUGGGUCUGUUACCAUAAGACGAAGAUGCGAUCACUGGAACAAGAAAGUUUCUGGCCCGCCAUUUCGGAUUCUUACUCGAACCCAUCAUCACAGAUAGUCGCAGAUAAGGGUAAUGGUCGCAAAAACGUGCGGUGCAGCACGACUCUGUGUCUGUUUAUCGAAACAACCAGUAAAGGUAAAGCCGAUUUAGUCUGGCACUUUAGAGCAGUACCGCCGAGCCCGGAAGGUGUUCUAGAAAAACACGGAAUAAUACGUGGAAGUCCAAAAAUGAGCAAUCGACGGACAGAGAAAUGAAAGCGAUGCCCACUGCGGGUGUUACAUAAAAAGAAAAAGUAAGAGGCGGAUUGCAAUUCUGAUUUCGCGCUUGGCAUUGAUAAGUAGGUUGAAGUCGAUGGCAGCGGAAAUUGCGAAAAAGGGAAUAAAAAUGAGGGAAAUUAGAGGAUGGUGCGGUGAAGUAGCACUACGAGUCUUGACAGGAGAAGUGUCCGGGACAAUAGCACAUGACGACCUCGCGAGUUAUGCGCUGGAUGUUGAACGUCUUUGACCCCUGACAUACAAACAUGACGGCAAACUUUAUGGUCCACGCAGGUGAGGAGACAAGAGAAACAGUUGGACAGAGCCCGGAAACCUACUGUUAUUGGGCUGAUUCAUAAAAUGUCGGCGGAAAUUUCAAAAACGACAAUUAAAUAUGGUUGUAAAAUUCACCACCGUCUAGCAUAAUUCUAUAAUGAUCCACUUACCUCCGGGUGUCUCCUUUCGAAUGAACGUAUUUUCGAUUGCAUGAACGAACAAUUCUGGUAAAAAAGGACUAUUUCAGCAGCAUGUAAUUUUCCCAUUUAUUGUCGAUGUUAUUAAAAUUCCAAUUAUAUGGCAUGAACAAAAAUUUAUGAAACAGUUAACCCAUUCAUCUAUUCGGUAGUAAAUGGCAUCUUUUUCCAAUUUAGUUUUCGAAAAACGAAUAAGAUUCGAUUGUGAAAAUUUUAAUAUCGUAAAGUGGUCGUUCUUACAACGUUAUUGCAUCCGUCUUUAGAAAUGUGGCUUGCAAAGUUGACAAUAUUCCUUAAAUGCACGACCAAAUUACAUGAAGCGCAUAUAUAGGGAUUUAAUACACAAAAAAUAUUCGGCUUGAACUUUCGAAACGCGGAAUGCAAUUAUAACAGUAGAUGGAGUUCCAUAUUAUUCGGAAUUAUUAAAGAUUUAGGACAGAUUUAUACACUUCCGUCGAAUGUACAAUUGGAUGAAGACGUAAUUUGUCAUCGAAGUAGUAAAAUAAUGAAUACUUCUAUAUAUGUUUUUUUAUGAAAUAUGGUUGAAUUUGCAAGGGCAUCGAUAAUCAACGAGACAAUUACAUGCUACAUCAGUAAUUGUUUCUUUGCCGACAAUAAUUUUGUAUGCAGUCGGGAAUAAGUUCGUUCAAAAGAAGGUAACCUGACGUAUCUGAUUCAUCCUUAAAUUUUUGCUCCAUGCUGUUUAGUUUUGUAGCACCACUUAAUUAUACUUUUGAAAACGGAAAUGCAUUUCCGAAUUUUCGUUGACGUUUCAUGACUUAGUUUACGUAGUCUACCAUAUCCAUUUGGAUUCUGCCGAGUCUGGAAUCACUUUCAGUCAAGAUGCCGAUGCGGACUUUGUUACGUCGCUGAAUCUUGUUUCGUUGAUAGCCGAGACUCGCACGUAUACCUGCUUUGAUGUCAUUGUGCAUCCCAGAAGCGACAAGGCGGUCGAAAAUCGGAUUGUCAGGAGCUCUGAUCUCAGCAUUGUGUAGAUUGUGCAGAGAGAACGAAUAAAUGCCAAGAGCGUCUCGCAUCCCAAUUGAGUAGGAGUGCGUAAAGCCAACAUUGAAGGCUCAUCCACUAUCCUCUCUGGAGGACCGCGUUCCCCUUUACUUGGCAGUCUUGUUAGCCAUGGAUUUCGGCCCGCAUGUACGACUUAUAAAGCAUUGCUCCUCAACCGCACAAACAGAACUGUUCAAAAAUCAUUGUUAACGACGAUAUCCACAGCAGGUUGAAAGCAGCAACAGUGACUUGCGAUUGAGUUCCUUUAUAAUGGAAUUGAAACUGUCCUGGAAUUUUCCGCAAUCUCUUCUCCACACUCGAUCUGUGUUCGGGGUAACAAAAGUGUCUAAAAGACCGCAGGCGGAAGAGGGUGCAGGUGGCUGUUAGGACGAUUAUUGGCAUCUGCAAGUGGAAACACACCCGGUUUUUUCACAAAAAAGAUGCGAUCUCGUAGGAAAUGCAGACUUUUGGGUCAUGUGCACCUGAUGCUUAAAUAAAGAUGAAACUGCAGUCCCACAUUCUAGCUGCAAAAUCUAAGGGCAUGGAUUAACUGAAACAACCUGGUGACGGGUUGCGUUUUUUAGACAGAUUCACCUGCGGCCAAUGCGCUGUUAAACCACUAUUAGUUUGGAGGACAAGAAAUGGACACAUCGACUCACUUCAUCUCUGCAAGCGGCACCUGUCAUUGCUGUAAUUCCGUAGCAUUUGGAAAUUUACACCUGCCGUGAUUCAAAGACUCAAGUCAAUGCAAUUUCCUCCCAACUAAUUGUAUGCUAUUCUUUCGUGGUCUGGAUUGAGUUUAAUUUCGGCAAUUCAGAAAAUACCAUGUUGAGAUGGAACAUCUCUGGGUUCCCUUACUUCUAGUUGAAAACUGUAUGUCUAGGCGUCUAGUAAAGCAUGAUUGACUGAAAUGAAAUAGCGUAUAUGAGAACAGCAUAAGUAGGCAUUCUGAAGCUCCUAACCCAAAUUACCAUUCUUACGCUUUGUCAUAGGUCAUAGUACGAGAAUAUCCAAUCGAAUAGCCAUUUUUCAAAGGCGGAAUAUGGUCAGGUUUAGUCAAAACGUGCCGGCAGGAAACAGCCGAUGCGGUUCUUGUUGAUUUUUACGUAAACAUAUUGAUUUCGACAUUUUUACAAUUGGAAAGCCAACCUUCAAACCAAGGGAAAAGCGAUUCGUAAACACCAGCAUAGCAGACAUAUUUGAAUGGGUUCAGUACUCCAGGGCACAGUUGUGGCUUAGAAAUAUGCAGUCAAGAUUUCAGGUUCAUCGCUUCAACAAGUAUUUUUCUGGAUUGAAAUUUAGGCAGCAUCUCUCAUUCGAUGACUGACUAGUUACACAACCUUUCGAAGGGUGACGACCCAGCCUAUAUUCCGUUCUUUAUGAAUUCCAUCUGGCCUAACCUUUUUGUCACGUCUCGUAUGACUACAUUUGGCCUGAUGUACGCUUACAGUACUCCGGCGCCUGAUUCCCCUCCGGAGGAUGUCCGUGCGAUUCCGCCUGAUAUACAGGUCUUGAGCAGCACUGGGCAGUCCUUCACUUGUUUCUGACCUCCUUUUUCUUUUUUUCGGUUUAAAUCCUGAUAAUUGGAUGAUGGCAGAAUUUUAAGGAUUGAAAAUAUAAUCAUCAAGCUUAGUAAAGAAGCAGUUCGUAAAUAUCGGUAUAUCGCAAUUAUUUUGGUGGACGAUUUACGAUAUGAUUCAAUACGCCAAGGUAUGGUAGGAGCGUGCGCUUCAGAUUUAUUAAGAAAUAUCCGGUCAACGUCUCAGGAUCGUCGCUUUAAAUGUGUGUAUAGGUCCAAUUAUUUUAAUUAAAGUAAAAAUGUAUUGUAAACUUUCAUGGGAGUUUCGGUGAUUGCCACUUUUCUUCUGAUUAUUUUUCAAACGCGUGUUCUUCGAGAGGUCACUCAUCCAAGAGAAGACCAAAAUUAGGCUCUGAGGAUUUUGCGUCUCCUAUGCCCAGAUUUGGCAAUUCAUGGACUUGUGGCCUUGUGUGCGCUGGCAGGCCACCUCAUUUUCUUGUCGAUUAAACUCCUCGUCAUUUGCUGAUGACUAAAUUUUUAGGAUUGCAUAUGCAAUCAUCAGCCAAGGAGAAGAACAGUUCGUGAUAAUUAGUAUAUUUAGAGUAAUUUGGGAGGGCAUGUUUAAGGCAUGAUUUAAUACUCCUAGGGAUGGAAGGAGCGUGCGUAUCUGAUUUAUUAAGAAAUAUGCCGUCGAUGUUUUAGGUGCGUUACUCCAAACGUGGGUGUCUAGAUCAACUAUUUUGAUAAGAGACAAAUUAUAUUGUAUAUUUUGAUGGGGCACUUGAUGACGGCCAUUUUGCUUCUGUUUAUUUUUCAAAAGGCUGUUUUGGCGAGAGGUCACCAACCCUGGUAAUACCAAUAUCUGUCAAUUUGGAAUGCGUUAUGCUUAUCGCGAAAAUUGUGCAAUUUGACUUAGAGACAGCUAAAGGUUGUAUGUUUAAUUCAUGAAAAACCUAUAAGCGGUAUACGUCGCAUGAAUCGUAAAGAUGAAACAGAGCAGAUUAAACAAAUGUAUUUAGAGCACAUUUGACGUGACAAUAGUGGCCAAUUUCUCAGUGUGGAUGAUAAGGCUGCUUAGUGAAUUUUGUGCUUGUAAUAAUUUUUUUCGGGUGUUGUCCUAUCAGUUAUAAAACACGAUUUUGACUGAAACGGUAAAUUGCGUGACAAAGCCAUUGGCAUGCCGAUAGCAGUAGCUGGAUGCAUAUUCCCUUAUUAAGCACUUACAGCCCUUUACUUUUUUUGUAAACAUUUGUCAAGAGAACUAAAACAACUAAAACCACUUACACCAACAGAUCCCCUAACAACAAUUUACCAUUAAAUAUGCCGUGGAAGGAAACAUCUUUGGGCAGAAGUCUACAUUUGCCAUGAGAUUUCAGAAAUCAUUUUCUAAGAUUUGUGGAGUUGAUUCAUGUUAGGGGUUUACGCAAAGAUUUGUUGGAGCGCUUAUAUGGUACGUUUACAUGAAAUAUUACCAGCGUAUUCUCUAUACGUAUGUUUUUCUUCUUAUUUUUCUUGGACCUCAUCGGAAGCAGUCUUAAAUCUCGCUAGAUGCAUUCGCUGAUACUGGUAAGAGACGUGAACAAUUACCGUCGCAUCGUCUCUGAAACGUAAGCGGCAUUUCGCUUAAUACCAGGAAGCGUUUUUUCGGUAUGUUCUUAGCUUAACUCUCGACCUAAUCUUAAGCUGAAUCCCAAUCUCACGGGAAUUAGACGCAUGCCAUGCAUGAUACGGCGGGCGAGAGAGGUCGCGGAGCCGUGCAUGCAUUUAACCGACCUUUGCUCGCUGUACACGUGGAGGAGCUUGUACCAGAUUCUUCUGUGCGUAUGAGACCGGCUUUCAUAGCUUUAUGACCGUCAUCAUUUUUUUGCUGCCAGACGCUGUCCGAGUAACUAACAUCAAUUUGGUGAGACAGUGCAAGUAAGACGGGAAAUCCCUCUGUGGUCUACACGGUGCCUGGGACCAAUCAUGUGUGCGGCGAUUGCACCAUUUAGGCUUUUUACUUCACCCUUUAUCAACUGUGUCAGAAUGUGUUUCUGUGUUCUUUGGAUAGACAUUUAGUCAUGUAACUAAUGUAACCAGCUUUAUAGGAACAAUUUAAGGAAUAGCCAUAACUCCUAAUCCUAACACCUAACCAUAACUUCUAAAUCAAACCCGUAGCCAUAGCUCCUAACCCUAACCCCUAACUUACACCUCUACCCUAACGGUAUUGUGUCCAUCAGAUGGCGCUAGCAAACCACAUCUUACGCAAACUAGACUUACAUUUUCGUUCAUAAUAGGAUUUGUUUAGAUUAUUCCCUAAAUAUAUAUUGCUUCACAGCAGAAGAAAGAGUCUGAUUAAGGUAUCGUCUCAGAAGAUCCAUCUCUACGCCCCGUACGAUAAUUGCAGUCGCAAUGUUUCCCCUAUGCGAUUGUCAGUGUCUCUAGUAAUUGCGUAGCCAAUCUCCAGUUGAUCAGUGCUUAGCUGAAAUUGUGCUUUGUGACCGCCUCCAGCGGGCAGACAUUUCGCUCCAAGGCAACAUUAAGUUUGAAGAGCCCUUAUUUUGUGUGUUUUGAUCGCCUUGAAUAGCAGAGUCGGAUGGGCGGGUGUAACUAGCUCUCUCAGGGGAUAUCCGCGCUGAACAGUCUGCGCCCAGCUGUAUUGCCUGUCAGAGUCCCUGCGGCUGCGCUGUGCGCCAUGUCAGACGCUCUGACCUGCCAGAGAGGUCAAUCUUACAGUAAAAAUACCGCGCACAAAAGAAUACGAGUUGUCACCGCCACCUUUGACUGCAGAAGAGACGCGCAAUUUGUAUCGAUUAAGACGGCCACGGUGUUCGUGGUGCAUACGAAAGCACCGCGGAUCACAAACUGUGCUAUAGCACACGCGUGCAUAAACUCAGCACUGAUCUAGCAUGCAUGAAUACCUGUACACGUGACGGCGAAAAUUAGGGGAGCAGUCAGGUGUUCUCAAAUAGUCAAAUAUAUUCUACCCUAACGUACACCUUCCUUCGGUUUUAGCCGUCAUGGUCGUUACGAUCAGUAAGCAAUGUAAUUGAGUGGUGACAAAAAUUGUGGAAUUCAUUUCCAACUAAAAACAGAUUAUGUACAGCAGGUGGAUCAACUCAUGGAAUAUCAACCGAAAUUCAGAAAUGCGUUUUCGUUUCGAGCAUAUUAAUUAAGAGGGACUGAAAAUUCUUUACGAGAUCACUAAUGGCCGGAAGCUGGCUUUCGACCGAACACAUUUCCGACCGCAUAAGAAAACUAUACGCCGCAAAAAUGACUACCUAAUAGCAUCAUUUUUACAUGGAUUUUCUAUGCCCCUAUAAAUUCAAUGGUUUUCGACUUGGCUUCUUUGCGACUGCUUACAAAGAUCACACUUCGUAAAAACUGAGUGUAUGCACAGGCUGAAUUUUAAAAACAUUCCUGAUCACCUUUUAACUUUAAAAUUAUCUAAAAGAAAUUACGAUCAAAUGUACUUCUUCGCGCAGCCAUUGAGUAGUCAUUUAGUUCUUCUUCAAAUAUCGUUCUCAAUGACGGGACAAAUGCAGACUUUAAAAUUUUUCGCUUUCCCGAAUAAUUCUGAGUCCCAAAAAUGCCUUCAACUGUUUUUCGAGCUAACAGUCUACAUAUUGUAUAGUCUCACUGUAAUAAAAUGCCUUCACUUCCCAAUACAACGCAGGACUCGUAAGUUGCUUCAGUGAAUGUGGACUAGGCCUUACACUUCUUGAGAAACAUUGAUGAAAUUGUCCUACAGAAAUUAUGUAGAGUUAUCAGAACGCUAAAUUAGUUGGGCCUAAUCCCCUCUUGUAAAGAGAUGACAUAAAGACGACAGGAUGAGGGGUUUUUUGCAUACAGAAUUCAGGGUUAUCCUCCCUGGUGGCAGUGGAUGUUGGCAAAUUGAGGGCCGUUGUUUACUUCGCGAAGUCCUGCCUGAGAGUCCUAGAAACAGUGGUGGCAGCCACUUUUGUAGGUUCGGUGUUUGUUGCACUCGCCGAGGUGUGGUGUUUAUGUGGUUCAUGUUGUGGUGGCAGGAGGAAGAUGCGGUAAAGUGGCCGCAUGGGCCGCUGCGAUCAUGUGGGCACAGUGCUGUAGGAGGUAAAGUCGGUCGUGUGUCUUCUGGUCGGUGUGCCUGGAAAGGAUCGCUGUAAGAGACAAGUUACUUUGAGGUAGUGCGGGCUUAACACAAGUUCACCGGACAUAGCCAUGACGGUUGUCGGCAAUACCGUAACUGAUGUUACUUGACUGCAUGUGCUAAAAGCCUGAAAUUUUAUGGUUAUACACAUUCUGCAAACCAAAAAAAUAUUCCUCUCUUGUAACAUCAUAAUUGAAAAGGAUGCCUUAAUGUAUACCUUUAUGCGUGCCUUGAAGGAAACGCAUUUAAAUUAACAACGAUAUAAAAUAUCAGUAAAACGUUUUUGUACUAUUUUAAUUGGCACUUUUACCGACUGCGGCCUUUACAUAUUACGAAGUACAGGGGUCCUUUAUAGCGAAAAUCCUGUUGUAACUGAAGUAACCUGGCAUUUGUGCAACUUAGUUAUCCGCUCUACUAAAAAGGUAUAAAAUAAAGUUUUUUUAUAAAAAUUGCACGGAAUAUGUCAGCUGCUGAAUGUAUGAAAGCAGGAUUUCAAAAAAAGUACGAAGUGUUGAUUAUCCUGUUCAAGUUUUUACACAGAUAUAUCGGGAAAUUACUCGCUGUUAUUUGGCAAGAUUUUUAAGUGAGCGUACAGACUGCGGUAACAUGCAUAUUUAAUAUCAUGUGUGCAUUGCCGGAUUCGAUGGUGUAUCAAAGAUUGAGUUUUGGUUACCAUUAGCAUUAAAUGUUUCAUAGUAACUUCCUCCGAUGCUUCAUCCUUUCUCCCUGUAGAUUUCUAAAUGGUCUCGCAAUCCAACUUUGACAUCGCCUGUCGGAUAGAUAUAGGAAGUACAUGAACGGCAUAUACAAUCCUGCAAUAUAGCAAAUCUAUCACAACAUAACAGGGAUCUUUUAACUCCGAAAGUGAUUCUGCUUACUGUGCAGAAGCCAUAAGCCGGAGAUACCUACGACGUAAUCUCGAGUUCAAACACAUUGAUGUCCACAGUAUUGGUUACCGAUUUGCGAGCGUAUGCAAGCGGUUCCUCUGAACUCAGAUACAAAUUUUACAGAUUGCACUCCCUCAAGUAAAGUUUGUCUCCAUAGCAGUCAUACAUCCGGCAAUUUCGGUUUAGACAUUUCCAUGGUUGUUGGUAGCAUUCAAAAGAAUAUCCCAUUUCCUGUAAUUUACUAAACAUACGACAAUCAUCAAAUUUAAGAAGAGUGAUUUACUGUUAGGUUCUAAAAAUUGAUCCUCAGGAGAACUCAUUUGAACAGCUGACGAUUGAAAGUAAACUGUUAGCGUUUACCUUUGUCAUUUAUAUUUCGUUAGCUCACCCAUCAUUAGGCCUAUUAAAGGUGGUAUACAUGGGUUUUAUUCCUUUAAAUUCCUGGGCUGUCAUGCGACCAUGAACGUACUGUUCGACGGGAGCACAAUGACAGAACACAUACCCAACACUAUCCUUGAUGUCAGUAGAGAAAACAUUCACGUGCGAUGCAUCAGGGUACUUUUCAUCGGUUGAUAACCGGGAAGGUGUUUCUGCUCAAAGCAAUACUGCUGCGGAUAGCAUAUCCUAAGUAAUUGUAAGUGACAAAGCAUGCCGUUCAUUUAAAUUUUAUGCUCUACUUAAUAUCAUUUUCCUUUAGGUAUAGGGCACAUAUCUCUAUUACUCAUUAGUAGGUUAAGUUAAAUAUAAACCGCGCUGCAUUUAGGAGAGACAAAUUCAAAGUACUUCCACUUGUCGCUAAGAAGACGAUAAAGCAGUAAGUAGUUGGUGUCCUAUGUAGAAAGAAAUCAAGUUUGCUAACUGGAAUGUAUAUUAGUUCGUUUCAUGCUUAAAAGGCUCAUAUGGGUAAUUGAUAAUUUUCGGAGACACCUUUGACAAAAGUAAUUUGUUGACAUUCAGUCGCCGCAUCAGCACAGAUUGCCGUAGCCGACCUCAUAGUCGUUCAGUCACUACAAAGCUUUCGAAUUUUCUAUAACUGCACAUAUCUCUUCCUGGGCUUCCGAGGAUCUCUUUUACGCAAUUAGCAGGUUAAUAUGGCUAAACAACCAAAACGACAUUCUUACUUUACACCGUAUCGCUAUUGUACAAUUUUGAAGUUUAGUCUGCUAUGCUUUAUGCUUUCGCUUUCCUUCUGAAGCACUGCUGUUUUGCAUAUAAUCGCUAAUAAAAUUUAUCCUUAUUUCACGAUGUAUGCUUUAAGUAAAGUCUUCGAUUUUUCUAGGCUGAUACAUAUUUCGAAACAAACAUUAAUUUCUUUGCGUGUUUACUGCAAAUUAACGCACGACACUUUUGCUUGUUAAUGGGGGUAUAUUAGAGCUCUUAGCUGUUUACCCCUAAGUUGUAGUUCCUCUAUACUUAAAGUUAGAAGUAACAACGUUGUCCUUGGGGAAAACCAAUUUUAACAGUGAAUUUCAAUUUCCUACUGAAUUAUAAAAUCUACGUCGAAAAUGGUGACAUCUCUUUCCUCAAAAGAUGACGUGUCCAUUAAUUUGGCAGAAGGGAACUAUACUCUACAAUAACGCACACUGACGUUACCCGGAUAUUACAAACCCGUAUGAAAUAGUCGUCGAUUAAAAGUCCUAGUAGGGCGUUGGACAUCGUCAGUCUCAUUACCAUACAGGCGGUUGUAUCUCCAUCAGUCUUAGUGGAUUUCGCACAGGGAAGACGGGUUGCCCCGGGAAGACGGGUUGCCCCGGGAAGACGGGUUGCCCGUUAGCCUAGCUGCUGGCUACCCGGCGCGUCCACAUGUGGCGGAUAGUGGGACGACCUUCAGUGAAGGUUAGCUGCGAAAUAAGCAGACCCAGGUCUGACGAAUAAGCAGUCGCGGACCAGCAGCGACAUUGCUACCAGGGUGCGGUGGGCUGAAGUCUGGACAGCUGAAAGCCUUAUAAAAUGCCGCAAAGCACAAUGACGGCAUUGUGGCAUGGCGACCGUAAACCGCCAUUAAAUAAGUUUACUUGCCACUGCUGCCUUGUGGUUAGGUUUUUAAGCCAAAGCGCUAGAGGAGACAACCUCGAACAAACAAUCCGAGCGGCUGUUGGGGACCCGCCCGUAUUCGAAAUUCCCAAGAAACCUCAUGCAACAUGUCCAAUAACAGCACUACGACCCAUGCUACGGCGUCCGCGGGAACCGACGCGCUCCGUAACCCUAGUCCGGUGGUGCGGGCGAAUAGUAUGCCAGCUGGACUACUCAAUCUUGGAAGGACUCUCGGUUUUCGAUGCUGGAAUGUACGAACGUUCCUGGACCCUGGUACCCAAAGUCUGACCGCACGCAGCCUUCAUCAGUACAACGUGGAUGUCUGCUGUCUGUGUGAGGUACGACUCCCUGACUCGAGCUCUCGUGAAAUAAAGAUCCCGGGAGUCGAAUCCCACUUCACCCUGUACCACAGCGGCCCCCGCGAUUCCUCUGGUCGACACGGUGUGGCGAUCGCCUUAUCACAACAAGCGGAGCUUGCGCUACUUGCUUGGGAACCAGUAAAUGACCGGAUGGCCUACGUGCAACUGAAGGGUCACUUCACGAACAUCUCCAUCGUCGCUGUGUACGCACCAACUUCGGCUGCCGAACAGGCGUUUUACUCUCAGUUGCAAGCACUAGUUGAAAGACUGCCUCGCCGCGAUCUGCUGAUUGUUGCUGGCGAUUGGAAUGGUCGAACUGGACCUGGCGACCCCACAACCAGUCAUCUUCUUGGCCGCUUUGGGCUUGGUUCUCGAUGUGAAAAUGGUGAGAGAUUGCUGAACUUCGCUGAUCGAAACCGACUGCUUGUCACCAACACAUGCUCCUAG